AUGGGUUGGCCCCAUUCCUAGGGUUCACAUAAUGGACCCCAAAUUAAUUAAAGAGGUCUUGCUUAGGAAUGAUAUUUUCCACAAGGUAAAGCACAAUCCAAUUUCCAAGUUGCUAGUGACUGGCAUCGCAGGCCAUGAGGAUGAGAAAUGGGCUAAGCAUAGAAAGAUUCUCAACCCAGCUUUCUAUCUAGAGAAGUUGAAGGAAUUACUACCUGCAAUGUAUUUGAGUUGUAGCGAGAUGAUGAUUAAAUGGGAGAAGCUGGUUUCAGAAAAGAGUUCAUGUGAAUUGGAUGUUUGGCCCCAUCUUCUAAAUUUAUCCUGUGAUGUCAUUUCUCGAACGGCAUUUGGUAGCAGCUAUGAAGAAGGUGGAAGGAUAUUCGAACUCCAAAGAGAACAAUGUGAACUUGCGCAUGAUGUUCUUCAGUCAUUUUACAUUCCAGGAUGGAGGUUUCUACCAACUAAGAGAAUGAGGAAAAUGAAGGAAAUUUAUGUGGAAGUGCAAGGUCUUGUGAGGGGUAUAAUCAAUAAAAGGGAGAGAUUAGGAGAAGUUAGUGACAGUGAUUUAUUGGGUGUGAUGCUUAAAUCCAAUCAGAAUGAAAUUAAAGAACAAAGCAACAAGGAUGCAGGAAUGAGUAUUGACGAGAUCAUCGAUGAGUGCAAGCUAUUCUAUUUUGCUGGCCAAGAGAACACCGCAGAUUUGCUAGUGUGGACAAUGGUUAUGUUGGGCAUGCACCCAAACUGGCAAGUGCGCGCAAGAGAGGAGGUUCAGCAUGUUUUCGGGAACAAUGAACCAGACUAUGAUGGAUUAAAUCGCCUUAAAAUUGUAACAAUGAUUUUGAAUGAGGUUCUUAGAUUAUACACUCCUUCAUCUAUGGUUACCCGAGUUACUUGCAGAGAAACAAAACUAGGUGAUAUGACUCUACCUCCUGGAGUGCAGGUGUUGUGCCCCUUACUCCUAGUUCAUCAUGAUAAUGAAAUUUGGGGUGAAGAUGCAGAAGAGUUCAAACCAGAGAGAUUUUCGGAGGGGGUUGCAAAGGCAACAAAAAACCAAGGCUCUUUCUUGGCAUUUGGCUCGGGCCCCCGAAUAUGCAUUGGGUAUAACUUUGCAAUGUUAGAGGCAAAGAUGGCUAUAGCUAUGAUUGUAAAGCACUUCUCAUUUGAGCUUUCUCCAUCUUAUGAACACGCUCCUUCCUAUAUUGCAUCCCUAGACCCCCAACAUGGUGCUCACAUGAUUUUACAUAAAAUAUAGAAACAAGAAUUUAAUAUUUCUUGUUUGGAAGAGUGCUCUGUAUUACACCCUGCAAUUCUACAACUCUAUUAGACUCGAAAUGUUGUCUUUCCCUGCUUCUAGAUUCAAUAGUCAUACUGUUAGAUACCUUCAAAAAUAACUCGAAAUGUUGUCUUUCCCUGCUUCUGGAUUCGACAGUCAUACUGUUAGAUACCUUCCAUUUUGGAAUGUUUGAUUCCUUCAGAUGGUUUGUUGUUCUAGUUUGCUUGUAGUAUUGGGGAA